AGUUCAUGUAAGCUGCCAAAUUGAGUGCGUCGCGAUGCCCCGCUGACCCCGCGACAAGCGAUAAGAAGACGGCGACCAACUUUCGCCUCGUGCACCGCGCCCAGAAUGACCCGCGCAUCCACGAUGAAGACGCCCCGCAGAUGGUCUUUGCCGAGACCAGCGCACCCAACAAGCGCGAGGAAUCGGAGCCGGCAGGCAGUUCGCGAGCGUCGCAGUAUUCGGCAGCGACCGGACGGAGCAAGAUCAAGUCGAGGCGCGAACUGGAGAGCGAGUACGGCAACAAAGUGCGCAGCAACGAGGGCGAGGCCGCCAACUAUGGCAUCUUCUACGAUGACACGGAAUACGACUACAUGCAGCACAUGCGCGACCUGGGCACGGGUGGCGGCGACGCAUACUUUGUCGAGGCCAAGCCUGAAAAGAAGGGAAAGCAGAAGAUGGACUUGGCCGACAUGCUGCGAGACGCCUCGCUGAACGACAGCAGAAGCCAAGCCGAUAUGAGCGUGAGCAGCAACAUCAGCAGCGUGAGCGACCUGUUUGGCGAGGACAUGGCGCCCUCGGAGUUUGUGCGGAAGCAGACGUACCAAGACCAGCAGAACAUCCCCGACGCCAUUGCGGGAUUCCAACCUGACAUGGACCCGCGACUACGCGAAGUGCUGGAGGCGCUCGAAGAUGAGGCCUACGUGGACGACGAGGAGGACAUUUUCAACGAGCUCGCCCAAGACGGGUACGAAGUCGACCAACGCGAAUGGAGCGCCAGCGCAGACUCGGCCCACGACGAGCGCGACCCCAUGGACCGCUUCCUCGACGACGAAGACCCCGGCUGGGAAACCGACGACACAAUCAAAGCCUCGUCGCCCAAGCCAAAGUCGACCGCCGACCCUUUGUCGCUCCCCGCGCCCGACGAGGCGCCCGCCCCAGCAGACGCAGCAGACAUGGCGUACCUGAAGGAAUUCAAGAAAUUCAAAGACGACGUCAAAGCCGCAAAGCCCACAACCACCAAGCCCUCUGGCCCCGCAGACACGCAAUCCUUCAUCACAGGCGCCUCGGCCCUGACGGCCGGCGGCCGCAAGAAAAAGCGCAAAGGCGCAAAGACAUCUACAUCGGGCUACUCCAUGACAUCGUCGGCGCUCCACCGCACAGAAGGCCUCACACUACUGGACCAGCGCUUCGACAAAAUCGAAGAAGAAUACGCCAACGACGACGACUCUACCUUUGACUUUCCCGACGACGCCUCCCUGGCCUCGGGCAUCUCCAAAAUCAGUGGCCUCACCGGCAUAAGCCAGUCGUCUACCACUACCAGCAGCAAUAGCCACGCCCCGCCGCUGCUCAGAUCCGAUUUCGACUCCAUCAUGGAUGAUUUCCUCGGCUCCCACCAUACGCAGGGUAAGCGCAGGGUUAAGCGUGGGAAGCAGCAGACGGGCAUCGAGCAGCUCGACGAAGUUAGGCGCGGGCUUGGCGCUCCCAGAGUGAAGCCCAAGGACCAUUUUAGUGUACUCAGGGCUUAGCAAUCUGAGGCCUUGGGUUUGUAUGUGGGAUCCAAGGCGCGGUGGGAUGGAAGUUUGCAUGGAAUUGGCGUUUCGGGGGUUCUUUUUCUUUCCUUUUCUUUUUCUCCUCUUUUUCAACAGGGCAAAAUGGCAUGAUGAUGAUGAUGGGGCUGGGGAUAUAGCAGGGCUGGGUAUGCAUGCACUAUACAUGGUUUUUUUUU